AUGGGAUUUUGUAAAGGGAAAUCGAUUCUCCUAAAUGAUUCGUAAAAAUUAGCUAAAUAUUUAUCUCUUUGUUAAUCUACUCCUGUCGCAUAUUAAGGCAUAAGAUAAUCAGUAGGAUAUUAAAGUAUUCUUAAUGCAUAAUUCAAUUUCAUUUAAUUUAAUACAUCAAUUUUCCCAUAAUUUAUUACUUUAAUAACGAGGGAUCUUAAGCAUUUAGAUGAACAAGAGUUUAACUUAUUUUUAUAGUCAAUAAAUAAUUAUUUAUAAGUAAGUUAAUUCAACAAAGAAUAUGAUUAAAAAAUAUAUCAAAAAAUUGUAUAAUUAAUUUAAGAACAUGGUAAUUAUGUAUAAAAUGCUGUUAUGUAUUUUCAUAUGAAAUAUUACUUUUCCAAAUAGCAAAAUAAUGAAUUAGAUAAAAUAUCUGAAAAUUCGAAAUAAAAACUAUUGGUUUAUAUACCUUAAACAUUAGAAGAGUAAAUCUGGAAAUAAUUUAUACGAUUGAUUGAUUUAUAAAGUCUAUAAAAAGUCAAAGAUGAUAAUAAAUAAAUUGAAUAAGAGACUAUAAUUAUGAAGGAAUUUUCUUAAUAUUUUGAAGCAAUUUCUGUUUAAAUAUAAUAAUUCACUCUUGUUAGUAAAUUAAUUAUAUUGAUUAUUAACGCUAAAUUGAAAAAAUAUGUAAUUAAAAUUCUAUAAUUUUAGCUUUAAAGUUAUGACGAAAAAACAAUUUAACUUAUGUUAUUAGUUUAUAAACUUUGUUAAAAUGAUUUAGAUUAAAAUCUAUCUAAACUUAAUUUUUAUGAAUUAUAUAAUUAUAUGGAAACACUUUAAGAAAAUUAAGAUGUUAUAAUCUAAAUUAGCUGGGAUUUAAUUAUUAAUAAUAUUUUGGAGAGGAAUUUAAAUGAAAUAACUAUCAUAGAUAUAAUAGGUCUAUUAGAGUUUCUAAUACAUAUAAAGAAAUUGACAAAUCAAGUUGGAAAUUAUUUAAUCUAGUAAUUAAACACAAUAUCAAUUUAGAUACCUAUAUUAAAACUUAAAUCUUAUAGAUAGCAAAUAAUACUCAAAAAUAUAUUAAAUAUUGGCGAGUGUAGAUACUGAUUAUUCAGACAAGUUUUUGAAAAAGCUUACUUAAAAAAUUAAUCCAAAAUUAUGUACAGUAUCUGAUAUUUCAAAUAUUUUGACUAUUUUAACUUAAUUGAAUAAAAUCGACAAAGAGAUUUUGGAGAAAUUUUUAAUAAGUAUAAAGACUAAAUUAAAGGAUAUUAAGGCUGAAAAUGCUUUUGGAAUAUUAUUUGCAAUAAAUUGCUUAUAAUUACAGAACCCUUAAAUAUUUUAAUAAAUUAAUACAAUUAAAAUGAAAGAUGAUUAGGAAAUACCAUUAUAAUUAUAAAUCUUGUAAUAUUAUUAAUUGCAUGAUCCAAAAAAUCAAAAGGUGUAAAUGAUAUAAAAAAAUUUAUUAAAAUCCCUUUAAAUAGAGUAUAAUGAAUUGUAUUUAGAAAUGUUUGCUUAAAUUCUUGUAAAUGCAAAUUAGUAAACUAAAAAAACAAUAACAAUAAUAUCAGAGUUAAAACCUUAUGUGGCAAAAUAUUUAUAAAAACUGAAUGAUUCUGAUGAAUAAGUUUAAUAAGAAAUCAUGUAGUUUGUGACUUCCUAAUAUAACAUUAAAUGA